AUGGAUGAGAAGAAGCGCCUGACGGCCGACGAGGCUUGCGAGGACGCUGCGGCGGCGCCUCGCAGGAGCCCGUCUCCGGCCAAGAGGGCGGUCGUUGCUUGCUUCGCGUUAUGGCUGCUGUCGUUGACUUUCACCUACCACCCCAUGAAGUCAUGCUACCACCAGAUGAGGAAGCCCUGGGGAGCACCCCUUACCGUUGAGGAGAGGUCUCACAACAUCUUGUCCCAUACGCCAUUGAUCGACGGCCACAAUGAUCUUCCCAUCCUCGUCCGGGCUUACUUCAACAACCACAUCUACGGGAAGAACUUUACCGAGCCCUUUGAGAACGGCGGUUUCGUUGGCCAUGUUGACCUGCCCAGACUUCGCAAGGGACAGAACGGAGGUGCUUUCUGGAGCGUUUACACUCCAUGCCCGGCCAAUGGCAGCGACUUCUCCGAUGAGAACUACGCCGAAAGUGUCCAAUGGACUCUCGAUCAGAUCGAUGUCAUCACCCGCAUCAAGGACGCCUACCCCAAGGACUUCUCCCCUAACUUGGACAGCGAUGCUGCACUGGCGGCCUUUCACAAGGGCCAACUGAUCUCGCCUCUGGGAGUCGAGGGACUGCACCAGAUCGGCAACUCAGUCGCCAAUCUCCGAAGGUACCAUGCCUUGGGGGUCCGCUACUCAACCCUCACCCACAACUGCCACAACAAGUUCGCCGACGCCGCGCUGCUCGAGAGCCCUCUGCGCAAGGCCGAGCCUCUGUGGCAUGGCCUCAGCCCGGCAGGUCGUCGUCUCAUUCACGAGAUGAACCGAGUCGGGCUUAUCGUUGAUCUCUCCCACACGAGCCACCCCAGCGAGGAGACACAGAUUGAGGUUCUCGGAGGCAAGGACUGGGAGGGCAGCGAGGCGCCUGUGAUCUACUCCCACAGCUCCGCUUUCAGCGUGUGCCCGCACCCGCGCAACGUCAAGGACAACGUGCUCAAGCUCGUCAAGGAGCGCAACGCCGUCGUCAUGGUCAACUUCGCGCCCGAAUUCAUCUCGUGCGUCGAAUCCGGCAACGACAACGGCCUGCCGACGUACGUCCCCGGCAAUGCCACGCUCGACCAGGUCGUCCGGCACGUGCUGCACAUUGGCAAUCUCAUCGGCUUUGACCAUGUCGGCUUCGGCUCCGACUUUGACGGCAUCGGGUCGGUGCCCAAGGGUUUGGAGGACGUGUCCAAGUACCCAGACCUCGUCGCCGAGUUGCUGCGGCAGGGUUUGAGUGAUGAAGACGCGGCCAAGGUUGUUGGCGGAAACGUCCUUCGUGUCUGGAAGGAGGUUGACGCUGUUGCGGCGAAGUUGCAGAAGAAGGGCGAGCCUGCUCUUGAGGAUGAUCUGCCCAGUGUUAGGUAG